UGUUUUUUUCCUGGAUAACCCCUUUAAGUAUGGUAUGGCUCACUACCACACUAUUACCAUCCUGUGUGAAUAGUCCUUGGUAAUUGCUAGGUUUGUCCUCUUCAAGCAUUGACUUUCCAAACAUUGGGGAAGAUUUAUCAAGACCUGUGUAGUGGAGUGAUCCAGUUGGCCAUAGCAACCAAUCAGAUUGCUUCUUUCCUUUUUAACAAGGCCUCUGAAAAAUGAAAGCAGGGGUAACUGCACCACUUUUUCCCUCCACCAGCCACUUCUUUAGGAAGACCCCUUCUCAUCUAGAUCAAAUUCUUUUUGUGAUGCCAAGCAGUUUUCUUCUUAUAGUCAUAUUGGCCCUGUUUUUUGGCUAGACCGCUCCUCUAACUUACCCUUUAUUUUUGGCAAUUUUGGGUGCUCCGUUUUUAUUGACAUACAGUCAUGUGCAAAAGUUUUGAGACCUACAAACAUUUUACACAAACUUUACUUCUUAAGUGUUUGUAGUUCUUUUUGUCAGAUGUUUCAAUGGUUACUGAACUACAAUUAGCAAGCUAGUGAAGUACUUCAGUCGACAGCUGUCCUGCAAGAGAAAAGUGGCUUUACAAGAGCGUAAUGCAGAGCUAGAAGGAUUCCCUCAACUUAUGCACUGGUUCAGGAUUGUCAACAUCCGCAAAGAGGUUAUGGAGGAAAUCGACCCUGGACAGCUGAAUUUGGAGGAGCUGUUGGAAAUGAAAGAUGAGCAGGUCUGUGAAACACUGGGAAAGUUUGGUGCCAGCAGUGAGGAAUGUGACCGGUUAAAUGCCUCUCUCUCCUGUCUACGGAGUGUGCACAAGUCAGGAAGCAGCCUGUCCAAGGAAGACUGGGCUAUUCAAUGGCCCGCUACAGAAACUGGGAAGGAAAACAGUCCCGUAACCCAGCAAGAGACAGCUCAGUGGAUCCGAUCGCAUCUUUCACAGAGUCCAAAACUACAAUCUAAAUGCAUCCAGCACUACUGCCAUUUGCCUGUAGCUCAUGGAUCCCUGUACACUAAUGUAGACAGGUUGACUGUUGAAGCAUAUCCAGUUUCAUGCCAACCUUCAGAAACUGGGCACCGCUCAUUGCCACCAUCCCCCCGUCAGCGGCAUACAGCUCACAAUAAUGCACCUAGGACUCCUAAUAUAGUUACCACUAUGACCCCUCCUGGCACCCCUCCGGUAAGAAGGAGGAACAAGCUGAAACCACCAGGUACCCCACCUCCUUCUUCCCGGAAGCUCAUUCACCUUAUCCCUGGAUUCACCUCCCUACAUCGGAGCAAAUCUCAUGAAUUCCAAGUUGGUCACCGCGUUGAUGAGUCUCACACCCCCAAGGCUCUGUUGUGUUUUAUAUUGGAUCUAUCUACUGAUGUCACCUUUCACGGUACUCCUCAAGGUGAUGAUGAGGACGACACUUCUGGAAAGUUACCUGCACAAACAAGAAGUCUCAGAACAAAGAAAAAGAACAAGCCUCUGAACCUCAAGAUUCACAACAGUGUGGGCAGCUGUGAGAAUAUCCCAUCUCAGCGCUCCCCUCUUCUCUCCGAACGCUCCCUACGUUCUUUCUUUGUGGGCUACCCAUCCUUUCUCCCUUCUACUCCCCCUGUUCACACUGAACCUUCUUCUGCAAACACACUGUCAGUGCCUCGCUGGUCCCCACAGAUUCCACGUAGAGAUCUGGGAAACUCCAUUAAACACAGGUUCUCAACCAAGUAUUGGAUGUCUCAGACCUGUACUGUCUGUGGGAAAGGGAUGCUGUUUGGACUCAAAUGUAAAAACUGCAAACUAAAGUGCCACAACAAAUGCACCAAAGAGGCCCCUCCAUGUCAUUUAUUAAUUAUACAUCGGGGAGCACGACUAGUUAGGACUGAAUCUGUACCAUGUGACAUCAACAAUCCUUUAAGAAAACCUCCACGGUACUCAGACCUACAUAUUAGCCAAACCCUUCCUAAAACUAACAAAAUUAACAAGGACCACAUUCCAGUGCCCUACCAGCCAGAUUCCAGCAGCAACCCUUCCUCUACGACAUCCUCCACACCGUCCUCACCUGCUCCUCCGCUUCCCCCAAGCGCCACCCCACCCUCUCCUCUUCACCCAUCCCCACAAUGCACCCGCCAGCAGAAGCCGUUCAACUUACCAGGGUCGAAUAGCACCUCUCAUCCAUGUACCUCAUCUUUGCUGCAAGGUUCUCAUUACUACAAGUACAAACAGCAGUUCAUAUUUCCAGAUGUUGUGCCUGAAGUCCCUCACCGAGCACCUCAAGUAAUCCUUCAUCCUGUAAACUCUAAUCCAGUUAAUGAAGGAAAUCCAUUACUUCAAAUUGAAGUGGAGCCAACAUCUGAGAAUGAAGAAAGCAAUGAGAAAGCAGAGGAGUCUGAAGACGACUUUGAGGAGAUGAACCACUUGUUGCUUUCAGCCAGGAACUUUCCCCGAAAAGCCAGUCAAACCAGCAUAUUCUUGCAAGAAUGGGAUAUUCCAUUUGAGCAGCUGGAAAUUGGGGAGAUGAUUGGCAAGGGACGUUUUGGUUUAGUGUAUCAUGGACGAUGGCACGGUGAAGUGGCAAUUAGGCUUAUUGACAUUGAACGUGAUAAUGAAGACCAAUUGAAGGCAUUUAAACGGGAGGUGAUGGCUUACCGGCAAACACGACAUGAGAAUGUGGUACUCUUCAUGGGAGCCUGCAUGAGCCCUCCACACCUAGCAAUCAUCACCAGUUUGUGCAAGGGGCGAACAUUGUACUCAGUGGUACGGGAUGCAAAAAUCGUCUUAGAUGUCAACAAAACCAGGCAGAUAGCACAAGAAAUUGUGAAGGGAAUGGGAUAUCUCCAUGCCAAGGGCAUUCUACAUAAAGACCUCAAAUCAAAAAAUGUUUUCUAUGACAAUGGGAAAGUAGUGAUUACAGACUUCGGCCUUUUCAGUAUAUCUGGUGUGCUACAGGCUGGCAGACGAGAAGACAAGCUGCGGAUCCCUAAUGGUUGGCUUUGUCAUUUGGCUCCUGAAAUAAUACGGCAGCUGUCUCCUGACACGGAGGAGGAUAAACUUCCAUUCUCAAAGCACUCUGAUGUAUUUGCACUUGGAACUAUUUGGUAUGAGUUGCAUGCUCGAGAGUGGCCAUUCAAAAGCCAAACCGCGGAGGCCAUCAUAUGGCAAGUGGGAACCGGCAUGAAGCCAAAUCUUAGCCAAAUUGGAAUGGGAAAGGAGAUAUCAGACAUUUUGCUUUUCUGCUGGGCCUAUGAUCAGGAAGAAAGGCCAACUUUCACCAAACUGAUGGAGAUGCUGGAAAAACUGCCAAAGCGGAACAGACGCCUCUCUCAUCCAGGUCACUUUUGGAAGUCAGCUGAGCUGUGACAAAUAUCUUGUGUGGUACAUUGGCAUCUUGGUUCCCCCUUUUCUAAAUCUGCCUUCUCCCUGUCCCAAUCACUACUGUUCUCCUCCUCAAGCUUUGGAAAAUCUGAAGGUGGAAGAACCUGUAGGAAAGACAGUGAAGAUCGCGCACAGGUGGAGCCUUGCACUCUUGAGUGAGAACAAGCCAUGGGCUGUCCCAUCUUUUUUAGCUCACCCGUAGGUGGGAUUGUUUAAAAGGGAAAUUCUAACCUCCUCAGAGACUGGAGUGCUAGAAACAAUAUUUGAAGAUAUGUUUUUUGGCCAGAGCUGUUAACAUUCUUGAUGGUCAUUCUAUGCGCUGUAUUGAUUUGUGAGGGGCAGUUGUGCACAUACCUCUAAACUGACCCUGAAUAUGCACCUCCAAUAUGCUAGAAACCGCUGCAGAACACUGUGAAAUUGCAGUACUGUGGCCUUCUCUAGCAGUCAAUGUAGAUGGGGGAAAAUUUUUGAAUUUACCUACAAUAAAUUGUCUCAUGUUUGUCCUACACACUCUAAGCAAGGCAAACGAAACACCAAUUUUAUUUUUUUAAGAUGUUUUUGAUGAUUGAAACUGAUUGGGAAAUUUGAAGAUCCUCUACAGUUUUACACAUCUGACUGAUUGAUAUGAGAUUGUACAUUAGUGACUGAGUUGGUUGAAAGAUGUCCCUUAUUUGUGUCUAGUUUGUAUUCUUUGUUAGGUUACUGGCAGCAUGCUGCUUUUCCCGUGCAGUACAGGGGGCAUGUUCACAAGGCAAAUACCCUUCCAAUUCUGUAUACAACAACACUGUGGGGUCUGACCUCUUAUUUUAAUGACAUUGUAGCCAAAUUUGACCCAACCAUGAAAAGGUCUGACCUCUUAUUUUUAGGAUAUUGUAGCCAAAUUUUACCCAACCAUGAAAACCAAGCUGAUGGUGGUCUGUCAGAGAAAAGCAGAUCAUUUCAGAUUGAUCCAUAUCAUCCAUUGUGUUUUUUCCCUUUACUUUUAAUGACUGAGCCAUGUUUAUACUUUGUAUUGACUUCUACCAAAUGUGACAUAAUUCAAGUUGUGAAAGUUCACAAGGCAUAUUUUAUAAGGGUUGCAUAAUUUGACACAAAAAAAUAACCUCUUAAUAGUUCAUAUUACUUAAAAGGGUAGUCCGCCCCUAGAUAUCUUAUCCCCUAUCCAAAGGAUAGGGCAUAAGAUGUCUAAUCGCGGGGGUCCCACCCCUGGGGAACCCCACGAUCUCGGCUGUGGCACCCCAGAAAUCUGGUGCACGGAUCGAACUUGCCAGAUGGCUGGCGAUGUGAGGCAGAGGCUCGUGACGUCACGGCCGCGCCCAGCUCGUGACGCCACGGUCAUUCCCCUUCAAUGCAAUUCUAUGGGAGGGGGCGUGACAUCCGCCACGCCCCCUCCCAUAGGUUUGCAUUGAGGGGGCAUGGCCAUGAUGUCACGAGCCUCCGGCGCUGCACCCGACGCUCUAAACGAAUGCCAGGUGCAGCAGGAAUAUCACGAUCAGACAUCUUAUCCCCAAAGAUGUCUAGGGUUGGAGUACCCCCUUAAAAACAUAAGACAUAUUUCACAGGUUGUAAACAGAAAGUAAUCAUUAUUAUUAUUGUUUAGUAAGUGGACUAGACAGUAUCCUAUUAUUUCAUACUCAACUAAACAUUGGUGGGAGGGCCCUAUUACAUGGGGCAAUUAUCAUCUGAACAGUUGACAUCGCCCUGUGUAAUAGGACCAAAGAUCAACUGCUAGAUGAGCAAACAAGCUUGUUCAUUGGUUGAUUUGGUCACUUUGACCCACUAAUAAGUAAUUGGCCAAUGGCCGCACAUCUCUCCAUGCAACAAGGGAUGUGUGGUCGGCGGCUGAUAGCUCAAAGGUCUGCACAAGCGAUCCAGAUUCAAAUGCAUGUUCCCAGAGCUAUAUGGCAGCAGACAGCAUGGCAGCACCGAGGUCCUGAGUUAGAAUUGCAUGGGCUGUAUGUUCUCUCUCUGUUGGGAUGGUUUUUCUUCCACACUUCUAAUGCACACUCAUUUCUUGGCUUCAUAUACCUGAGCCUCAGGAACUGAUUUGAGUGAUGACAAUCUUUGGACUGCUCUUCAGAAUAUGUUGUUGCUAGGUAAGCAUCAGGAAAAUAAACUAAGAGCCAUACUGUAGCUAUGACAGUCAGGUAAGUUUAAAUGGCUCCUCACCUCACAUUUUCCCAUUAUGUUUGGGGUAUAUGUCACCAUUCUGACAAAAUGGGGUGAUAACAUCUACUGCAGCAUAUUGGCAGUUGCUCCAUUCACAGGGCCCUCAUGUAUUCCCCAUCAGUAUUUUUACUUUGCAGGACAAAAAGGUACCGCAGACUAUAAGUCAUGCGAAGUAAACAUACAUGUGCAGGGAAUUGCUAGUCACUAGUUGACAGCGAUGUACAGUAAACCUGAAACGUUUGGGGCAAUCGUGGUGUGAACAUCCCCUUAGUUGGCUGAAACUACAGUAGAAGCUGUAGAAAGACACAUUUUGAUCUACUUGAAAUAUUGCAGGCUAACCCUUUCAUUGCAACAUGUGCCAUGUAGUACUUUUAUAACAUUUCGGUAUAACUGUUACUUUCAACUUAUUAGACCAAGUUCAUAUCGAUUUAGGUUUUGGUCACACAGUGUUUUUUCAGGUGUAUUUGAUUAUAAAAAAAUACAUCUGUAAAAUCUCCGAAAUUUUAUGUCCGUAUUUUCAAAAUUAAUCUUCUCUAUGUAAUUCUAUGGGAAAGUAGUUGUCUGUGCGCACAGUAUAUAAAAAAGUAGUUAUAGUUUUUCCAUCCGUGUAAUUAAGUGACACAUUUUGUGUAAUAAAAUAUGCUAUCUUUUAAUUUUAGAAAUUUUUAUUUUGUAAUAAAACAGUGACAAACAUUCAUGUACCAGAGCAAUCAGUACAAUAACACAACAAGGAGCCUCUCAGUUAGAGGCAAAAACAAUUGGUGAACAAGAACCGUAGUACAAGUGGCUGUAUACAAAUACGAAAAUGGAGAGUUCCGCAUCUAGAGAUGUGGGCUGCACGACACAUAAAAUGACACUGCAGUACCACUCGGCAACGGAACUCAGGUCACACAAUGAGAAAACAGUGACAACAAUAGGAACCAUUAUGCCUAUAGAAGGUACGGCAGUCUGAGGGGCUGAUAGUAACCGGCUGUAACGUACGGAAAGAGAUAAAGAAAAGGAAAGGCGAAGGAGUAGAGAGAGAAUGAAAAAAAAAUGAAGAGAAAGAGAUCAAGGUGAGAUUACGAGGUAUAAUGAGGACUAUGAAUCCAUAUAUCCCAUUGUUUGAGAAACUUACUUUCAGCGAACGCAUGCUCAUAAGCGCAAGUAAAAUAUGCUAUCUUGAAAAAACACUGUGUGACUUAAGCCUAGAGUUUUUGUUUGGAGGAUUGAGAAGAUUACUAUAUAGUGUGUGUAGCCUUAUAAUGCAGCCAUAACUACGGCUCAAAUUUUUGAAGAACCUAAUUUCUUAAAGGGGUUAUUAAGAAUAGAAAAACAAAGCUAAUUUCUUUCAAAAACAGCUUCACGUCUGUCUCCAGGUUGGGUGUGGUUUAACAACUUGGCCCCAUUGGAACUGAGCUGUAGAACCACACCCAACCUGGAGACAGAAAGAGAGCUUUGUUUUUCUAUUCCUGGAUAACCCCUUUAACUUUAAAGAUCAGUAUAACAUGAGCAAACAGAAUGCAGUUUAGGUAUCUUAUUAAAGACAAAUAAAAAGGGACCCAAAGUUAAAAGUAAAGAGAGCCUGAUAGAGUCUUUAGGUGCAUUGUGACUUGAGAUAUUUAAGUAAAAAAAAGAUAAGUGAAGAUUAAAGGACUUGGAUCAUAUCUAAGUGUAGAGCUAGACCCUUCUGUAGGUAUGGAAAUACAAAAUGAUCUCCUGAAAACCAUUCCUAGCCAGAGAAAUAGGACACAUCCUCACAGGGAUAAAAAUGCUAAUAUGUUUUUUACUGUAUUCUGUCACAAUUCUUAAAACAAUCCAUUUAUAUCAUGCCAGCUGCUUAUAUUAGGAGAAGAAAAACAAAAAAAGAAUAAAGAAAAAGACAAAAAGGACAUAAAAGUAAACAACAAAGCAUUAAAUACAGAGAAAUAUGGAGAACACUGAUACACAGAACAAGCUCAACGUACAGUGAUACAUCUGUAGUCAGAGUUUGAUAGACUUUACAUUUCAGUACCGUAAUUAUUCUAUAUCAAUGUGUAAAACAGACCUAGGCAAUGAGAUUGAAUGCUGUCUCAUCCCUCCAGAUUACGCCCUUAUCAUUUGUGUUCAUGCCCAUUAAUAACAUUUUAAAAUAACAGGUCAAAUGUACCCUAGGCAUAUGCCCAGCUCGUCUCUGGGAAUUAUGGUUUUAGGGGUUUAUGUAACAAUUAUUAUUAGGCAACAUUUACCAUUCUAUCUGCCAAUAUAACCUAGUUUCUAGCUAGGUUUGUACCUGUUUUGUUAGGAAAUUGUUGGAAAAAAGGCAAAAAAACAUUGUCACCUUAUUAUAUGAAAUGUAAACAGAUAGGAGGAUUUAUGAAACUGCUUAACUUGAACAACUAUAACAAGAUGCUAAAUAUACUUAAAUAGGCACUGUCCGACACAAAAACUUUUUAUAUGUUGUACUUCUUGGCAAAACAUUAGUGUUUCUAAUAUGCUUAAUGAGAAAAUUGUAUUUCCUUUUUAUAGAAAUCAUGGCUUUUAAAAAACACCACUGGGGGACCACAUACCAUCCAGAACAUAAUCCUGUCUGGCUGCAGCAUCAUCUUUAUCCAAGCUGAAGCACAGGCAGGGACAAACUCCAGGAAGUGAGGGUGGGACUAGCACUCCUAGGUGCUCACUCCUGUCCUAUCAAGCUGCAGCAUAAAAACAGAAAGGAGGGGGUUACGAAUCAGCCUUCAGUGAUUGGAAGAAGGGACCCAUCACUCAGAAAGGAAGUUAAGUAAUGCAGAGUGAGGGACAUGCCCCCUUAAAAGCACAGAAUGCCAAAUUAAGGGAGCAAGAGAAAGUAGGCAUUUGUGAGAGAAAUAUAGGUGCCAGACAUAGACAAAUCCUUUAGGGUUAUAUAAUGAAGUAAACAUUUCCAAUGCUGGAUAACCCCUUUGAGCUUUAUCUACAUAGAACAUAAAGUCUGUUUACAUUCAUGAGAUACCAAAAGAAUAUCACCAAAAUGAUCAAAGCCACAAAAGUACAAAAAAAAAAAAAAAAAGUAUUUAAAAUACAUUGCCAUUGACAUACAAUAAAGGUCUAAUAUUUAAAGCUGCAAAAAUAUAAAUACAACUUGCCCAAUCUAUUGUAAAUUUCGGUAUUAGAGUUCAGUUGUAGUUUCACCUUUACACUUGCUCACCAGUGAGGUCACACCAAGUUCCAGUAGUAUAGUUUAAUUGGCACAAGAUAGAUACUUAGAUUUAUAUGGAAGUAGACAUUUGGCAGACAUGACUUUUUUCAAAAGUUUGCAAAAUAUAUGUUUGUUGUAUAGACAAAUACAACAAAACCAAAGAUUUUACACAUUUUACACCUCUUGGAUUCUUUCCCAAGUUUUUAUUAAGGUUUAUAUUAUGUUGUACUGUUUUUUGGUGCUUGGGAUCAGUAUGAAGCCUGCUAUAGAUAGAAGUACCGUAUUCAUUGGGGUAUACCACGCAUCGGCCUAUAACACGCACCCUCAUUUUACCAAUGAUAUUUGGGUAAAAAAAGUUUUUUACCCAAAUAUCCUUGGUAAAAUGAGGGUGCGUGUGUGUGCAUGUGUAUACCCCGAUACACUGUUUCUGACCCUGCAGAAGCCUCCAGGAAAGGCAGGGGGAGAGAGGCCAU